AUGGCGGAUCGUGGUGUUAGUGAAAUGAUAUUUCGUGUGCCUGUUGUUGUUGUUAUGGGUGCCACAGGAGCUGGAAAAUCAAAAUUAGCCAUCGACAUUGCGAAGAAAUUCGGGGGAGAGGUUAUAAGCGCCGAUUCAAUGCAGGUCUACCGAGGGCUGGACAUCAUCACCAACAAGGUGACGGUGGAGGAGGCGCAGGGCGUGCCGCACCACCUGCUGGACUUCCUCGAACCCACGCAGAGGUUCUCCGUGGUCGACUUCCGCGACGCCGCUCUGCCCAUCAUCGACGACCUGGUGUCGCGGAAGAGGCUGCCCGUGGUGGUGGGCGGCACGCACUACUACAUAGAGUCGCUGCUCUGGAAGGUGCUGGUCACCGGUGGCUCGCCGGACGAGGCCGCCAAGAGGCGCCACGCAGACGACGGCGCGUCCGACAGUGAGUCGCCUCUCUUUCGCCUUCUGACCGCUCACAGGUUUAACGCAGCGGUCUAG